AUGUUGAAGAAUUUGAAAAAUCUGAAGGUUUUUAAUUUGUCUGUGACAAAUGGUGUUAUUCCAUUGGGCCUAAUAUCAAAUCUUCAACAAUUAAAAGUGUUUCGCUUUUCAAUCGAAAUUGUGGGAAGAAAUAAUGGCAAAGAAGAGAAAGAGUUCCUAGAGGAGUUGGGGUGCUUAUCAAACUUAGAGGAACUAUGGAUAGAAAUAGAAACUGAGAAUGGCCUCAACAAAUUACUUGAUUCAACCAAGUUACAAAAUUGUAUAUCUCGCCUUUGGAUUGGUAGCAAUGAUAACUUCCUACUAAUCAACAUGUCAUCGUUGUUGGCAACAAUGUUAAAAAUGGAGCAUUUGCAACUUUUGUACCUGGAUAGGGUGACUAAUAUUGUGGAGCAUUCUCUUGUGUUUGGUACCCAUUGUCUAUCCAUGCUUCAAAGGGUGACUAUUAGAGAAUGCCACUCAAUACAUUAUUUGACAUGGUUGAAGCAUGCUCCUCUCCUCAAUCGUCUUGAAAUUUCUAAUUGCACCUCAUUAGAAGAAGUGAUAAAGGGAGAAGGAUCAGAAGAAGAGAAAGCUAAUGUGGAUUCUAUAUUCUCUUCCCUUGUACUGCUGUCUUUAGAUGAUUUGCCAAAUCUUAAGAGCAUUCAUGAGAGAGUCCUGUCUUUCUCUUCCCUAGUAUCUAUUGAAGUGUAUGACUGUCCAAAUCUAAAGAGGUUACCGUUUGAUUCCAAUUCUGCCAAGGCUAAGUUGAGGCUUAUUAAUGGAGAACCAGAGUGGUGGGACAGCUUGGAAUGGGAUAAUCCAGCCAUUAAAACCACUUUCCAGUCAAGAUUUUUAGGGUUUGGAGCAUUAUUUUCUCAGAUGUAA